AUGUCAGCAGCCAUCGGUAUCGACCUGGGCACCACCUACUCCUGUGUGGGGGUCUUCCAGAAUGGCAAGGUGGAGAUCAUCGCCAAUGACCAGGGCAACCGCACCACCCCCAGCUAUGUGGCCUUCAAUGACUCCGAGAGGCUCAUCGGCGAUGCGGCCAAGAACCAGAUGGCUCUAAACCCAUCCAACACCGUCUUUGAUGCCAAGAGGCUCAUUGGGAGGAGGUUUGAUGACCCAACGGUGCAGUCUGACAUGAAGCACUGGCCCUUCCAGGUGGUGAGUGACGGAGGGAAGCCCAAGGUGAAGGUGGAGUACAAGGGGGAGCAAAAAACCUUUUACCCGGAAGAAAUCUCCUCCAUGAUGCUGACCAAGAUGAAGGAGAUUGCUGAGGCUUACCUGGGCUACAGUGUUACCAACGCUGUCGUCACUGUGCCGGCUUACUUCAAUGACUCCCAACGCCAGGCAACCAAAGAUGCUGGUGUAAUAGCUGGUCUCAGUGUCCUGCGCAUCAUCAACGAGCCAACUGCCGCUGCCAUUGCCUAUGGGCUAGACAAGAAGGGCAAAGGGGAGCGCAAUGUGCUCAUCUUUGACCUGGGAGGUGGAACCUUCGAUGUGUCAAUUCUCACCAUCGAUGACGGUAUCUUUGAGGUGAAAUCAACGGCUGGUGAUACCCACCUGGGAGGAGAGGACUUUGACAACCGGAUGGUCAAUCACUUCAUUGAGGAGUUCAAGCGUAAAUACAAGAAGGACAUCAGCCAGAACAAGAGGGCGGUGAGGAGGCUGCGGACAGCCUGUGAGAGAGCAAAGAGAACCCUGUCUUCCAGCACCCAAGCCAGUAUUGAGAUUGACUCUCUGUUUGAAAACCUGGACAUCAACACCUCGAUCACCAGGGCUCGGUUUGAGGAACUGAACUCUGACCUGUUCAGAGGCACUCUGGAGCCAAUGGAGAAAGCCCUGAGAGACGCCAAGCUGGACAAAUCAAAGGUUCAUGAUAUUGUCCUGGUCGGAGGCUCGACCAGAAUCCCCAGGAUCCAGAAGCUGCUGCAAAAUUUCUUCAACGGCAGGGAGCUGAACAAGAGCAUCAAUCCUGAUGAGGCCGUAUCCUAUGGGGCUGCUGUCCAAGCAGCGAUUCUGAUGGGGGACAAGUCGGAGAAUGUUCAGGAUCUGCUGCUCCUGGAUGUUACUCCGUUAUCACUCGGUCUUGAAACAGCAGGCGGUGUCAUGACCACACUCAUCAAACGUAACACCACCAUUCCCGCCAAGCAGACCAAGAUGUUCACCACCUAUUCUGACAAUCAACCCGGAGUGUUGAUUCAGGUGUAUGAAGGCGAGAGAGCCAUGACCAAGGACAACAACCUGUUGGGCAAAUUUGAUCUUCGUUGCAUUUCUCCGGUCCCUCGCGGUUUGCCACAGAUCGAAGUCACUUUCGAUAUUGACGCCAACGGGAUCCUGAAAGUGUCGGCUGUGGACAAGAGCACCGGGAAGCAGAACAGGAUCACCAUCAUCAACGACAAGGGCAGGCUGAGUAAGGAGGAAAUUGACAGAAUGGUGCAGGACGCCGAAAGGUACAAAGCGCAGGAUGAGCGGUUGCGAGGGAAGAUCUCGGCCAAGAACUCCCUGGAGUCCUACGCCUUCGGCACCAAGAUCUCGGCGGAGGAAGAAAAAUCCAAGGGCAAGGUCAGCGAGGAAGACAAGAGGAAGGUAGUCGAAGCGUGCAACCAAGCCAUUUCAUGGCUGGAGGCGAACCAGGAAGCAGAGAAGGAGGAGUUUGAGAGCCAGCUGAGGGGUCUGGAAAAUGUCUGUAAUCCAAUUAUCUGCGGGCUACACCAGGGAGACAGACCACCUGGUUUUCCAGAGAGGUCCGGUGAAGGAGACUCGUUCAGUGGUCCAACAAUUGAUGAGGUUGAUUGA